AUGCCAAACCAACUUUUCGGAAUGUCAGUAGCAAUCCCUGGAAAGAAGCGUCCACGGACAGAAUCCGAUUCAAAGGGGUUGCAAAACAGCGAAAAACGAGAUAAACCUGCUACCGCAACAAGUGUCCAACGCUCAAUGGAUCUUCCGCAUCCCAUUCGCAAGAUGCGUUUGGAAGCAAUCUUCCAUCCCAAGUUUGAAAAUGAAAAUCGCUCUGAUAUGGCGGUGCGGCGAGAGAUGACGGAACGAGUUACUGAGCAACAAGGAUAUUUGGAAGUGACACUGAAGCACUCUGGCUCGCUGGUGCUAUGGAGCGGCUACACAAGAUUCUACAGUAAAAACUCGAUUGACAAUCAGUACACUUACGCUGCAGAGAUUCUAGUCCGUAGCCACAUGGAGAGAGCAUGGAGGGGUGAACAUAACGGGGGCAAAAAAAACAAUCAAUUCGACGAUUGUAGCCAAUUUCUAAAGGAAAAUCGACUUACCUUGUCCUUCGAAGUGGUAACGGCCGUGUUGGGAGAUCACGGGGAUCGACCAAGAAAAGACUUUGUCAUGCUGACUGCCGUUGCCGACCGAUCAAGAGAGUGCUUCUACAGCACUGCUGAGGUGAUUCAAAUCGCUCAGAGAUUCCGUCUCCCGCACAACGAUACAUGGAUUUUCGGGAUUUCGUCGGCCGAAAGUGUUAGAAGACUCUUUGCAUGGUAUGAUGCUUCGAGAGAAACCGGGAAGGCAAGGGAUACCGUGGAAGCCUUGAGCGACGCUGCUGAUAUAACUGUACCAAGUAUGUAUCAGCACGAGGAGUUCCAAGGAGAUAUUCUCGAGGGUAUUAUCAUUCGAUACGUGCCAUACAAGGAAAAUCAAGAUAUUGACACUACCAAGCGUCUUAUGGAUCGUCUUUCAUCUGAAGCAAUCACCAUUCUGGAAAAAGUUCCUAGUGAUCUUCCAUUCAGUUUUGAGCUCGAACCUGAAGGCGAAGAAACAUCAUCUUUGUUUGGUGCCAGUCUAAGGCAACUUUCGAAGGCAUGUGGUGGUUUCUCAACCAGCGAUAGCGGUGAAAAUAAGUUCCAGGAUACUUUGCACCAAAUACUGUCAUCUAAUGGUCCAAGAUCAAAAUUCCUGAAGCAUCCUGACAAGUCGGUCGACUUGCCAACAAUGACGAAGCAUCUCACAACGAUGUCAGGUGAUAUUGAAACGCGCAGAAUUGCAUGCAUGUUGCAAAGGGUUGGAAGUCUCAACAAGCCGGUGAGCUAUGUCUUGGUCAAAGAAGAAUGCCCAGGUGAAAAGAGUCGGUGGCUAUGCAUCAUUCAUGUUCAUAACGAUGAGACAUUUCGACAGUACCAUUUCAAGAGAAACCGCGGUGACAUGAACCUAUUUCGUGGAUUUUGUAUUGAGAUCAAUGGCACCAAGACCAAUGACCUCGUGAUAGAACACACAAGGGAAGAUCACAUUCAACAAGCAUCAGAUAGAAGGACAGAGAACUUCUUAAUGCUCAAGAUGAAGUUCCUACCAUACAUGACAAGAACAUUUCUUUGCCGGAAUAAUCUUCGAAUGAUUGAAAAGGAAGGCCCCCCCAAGUUCUACCGACUGAUUGAAAGCAUGUUGAAUAAAUGGGGCAUUUCUGCGGAGAGCAAAAACAAGCUGAUUCCGUUCUUACAAUCAUGGGCACUCUUUGCGCACUCGGUAUUGACCACCGCAAAAAAGGAUAGAAAUCGGUUGUCCCAAUCCAAUUAUCUCGAUUAUCUAGAAGAGUUUUCGAGGCUGUACAAAGAAGGUAAAGCCCCAAAGCCAAUCAAACCGAACUAUGAAGGUACAGUCAUCAUCGUUGCGCCAGCACAAGACGACGCAGAACGAGCUGCGUUUGUGAUUGCUCAGAAAUUAGAAAUGAAGGCUGCUCCCGUUGCUCCUGAUUCCCUAUUACCUGGAAAUAUAUGCUUUUGCUCAAUCUUGAAUGCUGUAAACAAACAUACCAAGAAGAGAAUUGGACAGAUGUCCGACACUCUGUCCAUCAUCUUCCUUGGCUUCAACAAAGAGGAUCUCAAUAUUAGAGUCACGGAAGAGAGAGAUAGGGGAAAGGUAUUGGGGUUCUCAAAAUCAUGGAGAAAUUAUGACUGUGCUGAACGGAUCGAUCUACGUUUGAAAGACAUUCCAGACAGCACGGAAGAGGACAAUUGCAGUGAGGAGUUCAAGUCGUGCAUACGCCAACUAAAGUCUGUAGUAGAAAGGGACACUGAUGAAAAUUCCCGUGGUAUGCUUGUUUUCUUUCCUGGUCUGCCUGGAUGCGGAAAAUCAACCAUUGUAAACUCGGCGGACGAAAACUUGGGAAAACUACAAGGCCUCCAUUCCGAAGGCGGCGCGACUUUUUCUCGAAAAGUCUAUGUUCUCGAAGGCGAUGCUGUUGGUAAGAGCUUCUGGAGCCAGCUCAGGAAAAUGCGUAGAGCCGACUCGCGUUGCGUAAUGGUCGCUGACAAGAAUGCACCCCCAAAUUCACUCAAACUGAUCGGUUUGAACUGCUAUGAUACAAAUGGAGUUCCAAUUGCAGUGAUUCCAGAUAACUCAGCCCUGCAAACAACCCACAUCAAGGGAACAAUGUUCCCUGAUGGAGAACGAGUCCCUGACACGACACACUUCUAUCCUUUCUCUCUGUCCUACCUGGCCGUGUGCAUGUAUCGAGUCCUUCAACGCCCACCAAAGUCUCAUCGUGGUAAACUGGACCAAAGCACACCAAAUGCAUGUAUGAUAUUGAUUCUGUUCUUCUCUCUCUACAGGUCUAUCUCGGCAGAAGCGUUUAGCGAAAAUAUCGACACUAAAGUUGCAUCCGGGGGAGCUAUCAUAUCGUUGAGGCCAAUUGUAUUACCAUUCCUUCGCAGCGCAAAGGAAUUUUUUUUGCCCGACGACUUGCGCUCGGAGCUUGUGACCGCAAUUCAACUACAGCGAGGUUACGAUCUCCGCAAGAAGAAGCCAAAAGCCACUGACAAAGCGAUUUCUAAAAUGGAGAAGCUUCUGAGGGAAAGCAUAGAGAAACAUAGGAGGCUCCUUUCGCAAUUAGCAGUUGAUCCUGCUGAUUGUGAAAGGAGUUUUUUUGAGCAGCUUGCCCACAGGGUGAGAACCCUAGAUUCGGGAUUCAAUGUAGAGCAAUUCUUGAAACUGGCUUCUAUUGAUCUCGAGAAGAAGCAAAUUCACCAGAUUCUUACUGAAAAUAGCAGCAGCUGUAUGGUAGACUUUCUAAAGAUGGCGUCAAAGGGUUCGGCAGACGAUUACGCAAUACAAGGCGGAUGCUAUACAGACUCGCAAUUUGUUACGAGGCCACACAUCACUUUGAUCCACCACAAUGACUUUGAUCAGGCUCAGAUGAUGGAGAAGUUUUCUCAUCUACAAGGUUGUUCUGUCAACGUUUCAAUUAAGUCUUUCCUUUGGAACGAACAAGUUGCAGCACUCGCGGUAGACGUCGCAAAAACUACAGUCGACGGACAGCAAAUGCUGUGCUCAAAUAACACUUUUGUUCAUGUGACAGUGUGGUUUGCCGUUGGUGCAAAGGCCUUCUUCGCCAACGAGCUACCAGACUUGGUUAAUAAGAACAAGGCCCAUCGUGUUGAUUUCGCAGUACCAAUUACUCUUCAAGGCAAGCUCACAUUCUGGGGCAUGACAAAUACACCAAUUGUAGUAUGUUAA